CGGCUCGCAGCCGGGUGCCUCCCGCGGGCGCAUCGGGCCGCCUGGCGGGCUGGCUGGCUGGGUGGCUACCCAGAGUGCAGCAGGCAGGCAGGCGGCGGCAGGAGGCGGCCGGCACCGAGCAGUCGGCGCUCUCCCGGCCCGCCGGCGCAGCGGGAGCCGGGCCCAGACGGCGGCGCGGCCCAGAAUGCGAGUGUGAGAUGCUUCUCCCGGCAGCGGCGCCCCGGGCCCAGGUGGCGGCGGCCCCCGCGUGGAUGCGGCUCUGGAGCCGGCGUUUCGCCCUCCACAAACAUUUCUAUAGGACUCAUUCGCCCUGCUGAGCGGAUCGGUCCGGUCCGGUCCGGCCCCGCCGCCCUCUCCCUCUCGCUGCCCUCCUCGCGCCGCGGAGCGGCUCCCUCAGAGACUGCCGGCCCGGCCCGGCCCGGCGGGCAUGGAGGCCCCCGGCGGCACCUCGCCGCUCAGCCCCGAGAUGGUGAGCCGCCUCCGCCAGGAGCAGGAGAAGGUGGUCACUAGCUGCCAAGAAAAAAUCCAGCACUGGAAGAAGGUAGAGAGUGAUUAUGAGGCUCUUCAGGAACGACUCCGUACGCUGCCCGAUAAACUGUCCUACGAUAUCAUGGUACCUUUUGGGCCUCUUGCCUUCAUGCCAGGAAAACUUGUCCACACCAAUGAGGUUACUGUUCUGCUUGGGGACAACUGGUUUUCAAAAUGCUCAGCAAAGCAAGCUGUUGAGCUAGUUGAGCACAGAAAAAAACAUGUAAGGAAAGCAAUGGAUGAUUUGGAAAAAGUCAUGAAGAAUUUUGAAUCACGAGUUGAAUUCACAGAAGAUUUGCAGAAAAUGAGUGAUGCUGCAGGUGAUUUUGUUGACAUAAGAGAAGAAAUUGAAGAUGAUAGUAUUGAAACAAAAGGAAAACACCGAACAGCUCACAAACCUCAUUCAAAGCCAAAAGUAUCAGACGUUUUUGAGAUAGAUUUUCUAGCAAAUGGAAGUGAUACAAAAUCAAUGGGACGGUUCCAGUCAGAGGAGGAACUUUGGGCUCGAUUAGAAGAGCUUGAGAGACAGGAAGAGAUUCUUGGUGAACUUGACAGGAUGCCUGAUACAGCUGAAGCCAAUGGAGGAGAUACAUCCUCCUCUGAAGAGGAGAAAGAAGAUAAGAGGACAGAUCUGAAUGGGACAUGUAGAGCAGAAGACUCUAUUACUCAGGGCAACUUCCAUAAAGAAGUAACAAAUUCAGGCUUGUUUCGUGGCCAAGUUAAUGGCUCUGCUUACUAUCACAGUGACGAUGAAGAUGACGUAGAUGUUGGAGAUAACUCUGUUCCAACUAUUUUUUUCUCUCACACUGUUGAACCUAAAAGGGUAAGAAUAAACACAGGAAAAAAUACUACUUUGAAAUUCAGUGAAAAGAAGGAAGAGGCCAAGCGUAAAAGGAAGAACAGCAACGGCAAUGGCCAUGCAACUCCAGAGCUGCCUAACAUCAAAACCCCAGCAGACAUUUACCGAGUCUUUGUUGAUGUUGUGAAUGGAGAAUAUGUCCCUCGUAAAUCAAUUUUGAAGUCUCGAAGCAGAGAGAACAGUGUUUGUAGCGAUACCAGUGAGAACAGUGCUGCUGAGUUUGAUGACAGACGAGGAGUUCAGAGGAGUAUUAGCUGUGAUGAAGCUACUCAGAGUGACAACAGCGAAGGCAUACUGGAGGAAGAGGAGGAGGAGGGACAGCAGCAGCUACCAAAAAAGCUUCCACCCUCUUCAGGGACAUCUGAGGCAUUUUCCGGAACUGUUAUAGAAAAGGAGCCUUUGUCUCCCUCCUUAAUACCACACCCAGUCAUCGCUCACCCAGUCCUGCCUACCAUUCUGGAGCGAAAAUCAGAGGAAAUUUUGUCUGAAGCAUCAGAAGAAACUACCAAGAGGAUCUCAAAAUUCAAAGCUGCCAGGAUGCAACAGACUAACUAGGUCCUGCCUAGCAAGCAGAAACUGGAGUGCUUAUGCCUAGGUUUUGUUGAAAUUCUCUAAAACUGUAUGCGCUACACCUAGCUAGUUAAAAGGGUGUCUUCUGUUAAUUUGGCAUUAGUUAUCUUUUAAACAUUUAUUGACAACAUUAAAAAAAAAAAGUUCAGUGUUUGAACACUUUAAGUAUUCAUCUUUUGUCGAUUUCCCUGUGUGCUGUCAGCACCUUUGUGUAUGUUUGCCUUAUGAUAGCAGCACUUGAGUUCUUUUUCAAAAACUGUUCCUUACAUACAUUGUUUUUGUGUUUAAGCCUAAAUACAGGCAGUUUCAUGCCAGCUGUGAUGUUCUACAUACCAUAUGGACCGUUUUAAGAAAACUUUUCACAUUUCAAAUAGAUUCACCAAUUAUAUCACAUUACUUGCUUUAGCAUUUUAAGACAUACUUGUAUUCGCAUUGUUGUAGGUUUUUGCAACUAGGUGUCUGGGUUUUUUCCUUCUUUCAAACCUCUCUGAUAUCUCACUGUACAGAUCUAUAAAAUGCUGGGUUCAUGUACAUUGCAGGGAAGUUUCUUUGAUGGAAAAGGGUAUUUUGUAAAAUUAAAUUUUCAGUAAAACUGUGAAAGUA